AUGUACCAACCUCAACAACCUCAAUUGAGCAGCCCUCCCAAUAGCAGAUCACCAUCUCUGGAAUAUCCAGACCGUUAUCAAUCAAAGUUGAGAUCUAUCCCAGAUUAUAAGAUUGCUUCUUCUCCUGUUUUUGCCUUUUCUCCCACAGCACCACCAUCGACUACCGGCUCGUCUCUAAGCACCAACGUAUCGCUUCCGCCCAGUAUAGACGUCGCCAACAUCCACGCCUUAGAUGACACUGAUCUUACUGAUUUUGAAAGUGCAUACGACGCCCUUACCCAAAUUCAAGCUCAGUACGUAGAGCUACAGCUUGAACAGCUACGCCAAAUGCAACAACAAAACUUGAUGCUCCAAAAAUCAAGAUCAUCGGGUCAGUUAUUGAGAGAGAUGAGUGCUCACAAUACUAGCUCUCUCUUUGGAAAGGAUAACCACUUGGAAUAUCAUGGUCAGCUUGCCAAUCUUACCGAAAAUAGUAACAGUGCCACAAAUAGUAUCAACAGAAGCACCAACAAUAGAGCCAAUAGCAACAGAAAUCUUAUCAAUAGUAAUCACCAACAUUCAAAUGCUCUGCGUCAGGAAAUUCUCUCUGAAAAUGAAACUAAUGCGUUACAAGGCUUCUUAGAUGAUUUCCUUGUUGAUACAGAUGAUCAAAACGAACUCGAUCGUUUAAUCAAUAGCCUCGGUUAUCCAGAAGAUUUUUCUUCCAAUGAAGUUGAAGAAGUAAGCACUGCUACUUCUUCCAUUCUUCCUUCAACCAGCAAAAAUCUGGACCACAUCUACGUUUCUAGUGCUACCCCAAUUGACUCUUCUUACACUCCUCAUCUUGGUUCAAAUAGCCCAAAGCAACCUCCAUCUGAUAGAAAUUCCAAACCAGACUGCUCAUCUUCCGCAACCCCGCUUGUACAAUCUCUUAAACCUUCCCCCGUCAUCAAAUCCGCACCUCCGCCUAAACGCCGUCCUCGCAAACGCCUCCUUUCAGAACAAGAAAAGCGUUUUAACCAUACUCUGUCUGAGAAAAAGCGUCGUCUCUUAAUCAAGACCGCUUUUGAUGAUCUUGUUGCCAGACUACCAUUGGAAGAUCUUCAAAAACAACAUGAACAAAACAGUAACCAUCGCAAAGGGCAUGGUAAGGCUGGUGGGGCUAAAAUGUCUAAAUUUGUGGUUCUCGAUAUUACUGGAAAUGAGAUCGAGAAAUUGAGCAAUUUGAACAAGAAAUUGAAAGAGUUGUGCGUUGUGAAUGGAAUUGAAAUCCUAUCAUGUAAUGAUGGUAUGACUGUGUGA